ACGACGAGCCUCGAUCAGAGGGCUUUGACUUAGUGAAUUGUACCGCCUAUAAAAGGGGUGGCACCCCUCAUUGUAAUGGAUCCCAAGUUUGAAAUCAAUAUACUCCUACUUUGCAUUCUCUCUCUCUAAAACUUCUAUUAUUUCAUACUCUCGGUGGUUUAUAGCCAUCAAAUUGGUGCUCUCGUUGAGAGGAGAGGAACAUACUCGUAGGUUAACUCCCGAACGCGAGAAUGGUGCAAACAAGGAGCAACGUCCCCACCACCAGCCACGUCAUCGGCAAGGAGAACACGCCGGGCAGCGGCAAUGGUACGGGCGGCAUCAGCUCGACUCCGGAUGCGGUCCAGGCGCUGUUCGGCUUGGGGGUGACCGCGGAGCAGCUCCAGGCAGCCGUUGCGGCACUUUCCGCCAUGGGUGGGAACGUGCCCGGCGGCGGAGUUGGUAAAGCUCCGCCCAGUCUCCAUGCCGAACACGCUGCCACUUCCCAACACAAGGGGAAGAAGACCCGGAGGAGUAGAAGGAGGCCCGGCAAGGCCCCGGCGAUCGAGGAGGUGAUUGUGGAGGACGUCCCGGAUGAGGAGGACGAUGAGCCCAGCGAGUGCCGAGUGUCAGCCUUCAGGCGCUUAGGAGGGGAAGAGACCCGGGUGUCGGCCUUCGACAGGCUCGACCGCGGACCGGAAGUUUGCCCAGGCGACCUCUGCCGACAAAUAGCCGAAGGCAGGCGGAGGCAUGCUGAGGAGUCCGCAACAUCGGAUGCUCGCUCGGCGAGGUCCGAGCGGAGCGGAGAGAGGCGGGAGGAGCGCACCCAGCGUCGCCAUAGCCCGACGAGAACUGAGAAGACAAAGGUCUCUGACCAAGGAGUAUCUCGGCUCGCACGGGAGAUUGCGGAGCUUAAGCGCCGAGUGGAGACCAGGGCUCCCUACAGCCAGCCCAUCUUGCGGACGUUCUAUGCUUCUAUGGAAGCGGCGGCAGCCCCAGACGAGGUCAAGUGUCGAUGCUUUCUCGCGACGCUGGAGGGCUCCGCGUGCGAUUGGUUCAACCGGCUCCCGAAGGGAACUAUUGACGAUUGGGAUACACUAGCGGAGAAGUUCUUGACGCAUUUCGCGGCAAACCGAAGGCAGAGGCUCCCUUACCUCCACCUGCUCAACAUAUGCAUCCGCAAGGGAGAGAAGGUCCGCGACUUCAUAGUCCGGUGGGAAAAGGAAUCCAGAGACGUGCAUGGGGCGGAUGACCAAGCGUUGGUGGCCAUGUUCCAAGCAGCCCUUCCCCGCGGAGAAGUGAGGAAGGAGCUCCGCAAGAAUCCUCCCCCCACGUACCAAGAGACCUUGGCGCGCGCUAAGUUCCUAGCCUCGGAGGAGUUCGAUGAUGCUCCCGACUCUGAGGCCGCGCCCGCCAAGCGAGCUCCUGCAGACUCCGGAGAGGCCGCGAAGAAGAGGAAGAAGAAGAAAGAUUACACCGCGGGCCCGAGGACGCCUUCGGCUAGUGUGUACUCCGUGGGUGCGCCCGUGGGGACGGGUCGAGAGCUUGCCCUCUCCUCGCUCCCGCACGUAGAAACCUAUGCGGUGUCCAGCGGUGCCAAGUAUUGCGAGUAUCAUCGCAACAACACUCAUAACAAUAAGGAAUGCUUCACUCUCCAGAAGGAGAUGCAGAGACUCAUUGCCCGAGGGCCGCCUCCCCGAGAUGAUGGAGCAGCCCCAUCUCGGGGGCCGCCGGAAGGAAGAACUUGGAGAAAGCCGGCUGAACCGGUCGCGGUGGCCACGCAAGCAAGGAACCCUGAGAAGAGGCACAUUGGGCGAGAGUGUGAUGAUCUAGACGAGGACGAAGCCCAAGGAUAUCCGGUGGGAUUCAUCCAUGGAGGAAACAUUGGCGGGGACUUCGUCGCUCAAAGGAAGAGGAAACUCGGGAACAUCGACCAGCGUGGACUACACCGAUCUAAACAAGGCGUGCCCCAUGGAUCCGUUCCCACUCCCGAACAUCGACCAGCUGGUGGACGAGACGGCGGGCUGCGAGCUCAUGAGUUUCAUGGAUGCUUUCAGCGGGUACCAUCAAAUCCGAAUGCACCCUGAGGACAAAGAGAAGACGUCUUU